CACAUGACACGUUUCCUGUCAAGAUGGCGGAUAAUCUCCCUUCGGAGUUUGAUGUGAUCGUUAUAGGGACGGGUUUGCCUGAAUCCAUCAUUGCAGCUGCAUGUUCAAGAAGUGGCCAGAGGGUUCUACAUGUUGAUUCAAGAAGCUACUAUGGAGGAAACUGGGCCAGUUUUAGCUUUUCAGGAUUGUUGUCCUGGAUAAAGGAAUAUCAGGAAAAUAGUGACUUUGUGAAUGAAAGCUCAGCAUGGCAAGAACAGAUCCUUGAAAAUGAAGAAGCCAUUGCUCUUAGCAAGAUGGACAGAACCAUUCAACAUGUGGAAGUGUUUUGUUAUGCCAGUCAGGAUUUCCAUGAAAGUGUCGAAGAAGUUGGUGCACUGCAGAAAAAUCACGCUUCAGUGUCAUCUGCAAACUCCACAGAAGCGGAAAAUUCUGCCUGCCUGCCUACAGAAGAUAAGUCAUUAAGCACUGUGAGCAGUGAAGUGCCCACAGAACAAACCCCAAGCCGUGAUGCUGGGAGUGCCCUCGAAGUGAAUGAUGUUGAAGUGACAGGGGAGAAAGGAAACCAUUGUGAUGAUAAAACUUGUGUGCUGUCAACUUCAGAAGAGGGAACAAGUGAAAAUGUGCCUGUAGCAGAAGACAUCACAGAACAACCAAAGAAAAAUAGGAUUACUUACUCCCAAAUUGUUAAACAAGGCAGGAAAUUUAAUAUCGAUUUGGUAUCAAAACUGCUGUAUUCUCGAGGAUUGCUAAUUGAUCUUCUAAUCAAAUCUAAUGUCAGUCGCUAUGCAGAGUUCAAAAAUAUUACCAGGAUUCUUGCAUUUCGAGAAGGAAGAGUGGAACAGGUUCCUUGUUCAAGAGCAGAUGUCUUUAAUAGCAAACAACUUACUAUGGUAGAAAAGCGAAUGCUAAUGAAGUUUCUUACAUUUUGUAUGGAGUAUGAGGAACAUCUUGAUGAAUAUAAAGCCUAUGAGGAGAUUGCAUUUUCUGAAUAUUUAAAAACUCAAAAAUUAACUCCCAACCUCCAACAUUUUGUUCUGCAUUCAAUUGCAAUGACAUCAGAGACAGCCAGCAGUACUAUAGAUGGUCUCAAAGCUACCAGAAACUUUCUUCACUGUCUUGGGCGGUAUGGCAACACUCCGUUUUUGUUUCCUUUAUAUGGCCAAGGGGAACUCCCUCAGUGUUUCUGCAGGAUGUGUGCUGUAUUUGGUGGAAUCUAUUGUCUUCGCCAUUCAGUACAUUGCCUUGUUGUGGACAAAGAAUCCAGAAAAUGCAAAGCAAUCAUAGAUCAGUUUGGUCAGAGAAUAAUCUCUAAGCAUUUCCUUGUGGAGGACAGUUACUUUUCUGAGAACACAUGCUCGCACGUGCAAUACAGGCAAAUUUCCAGGGCAGUCUUGAUUACAGAUAGAUCUGUACUACAAGCAGAUUCAGAUCAACAGAUUUCCAUUUUGACAGUGCCAGCAGAGGAACCAGGAACUUCUGCUGUUCGAGUCAUUGAGUUAUGUUCUUCAACAAUGACAUGCAUGAAAGGCACAUAUUUGGUUCAUUUGACUUGUACAUCUUCUAAAACAGCAAGAGAAGAUUUAGAACCAGUUGUGCAGAAAUUGUUUACUCCAUAUACUGAAACGGAGAUAGAAAAUGAAGUUGAAAUGCCAAGACUUCUAUGGGCUCUUUACUUCAAUAUGAGAGAUUCUUCAGACAUCAGCAGGAACUCUUAUAAUGAUUUACCAUCCAACGUUUACGUCUGCUCUGGUCCAGACUGUGGUUUAGGAAAUGAUAAUGCAGUCAAACAGGCUGAGAACCUCUUCCAGCAAAUCUGCCCCAAUGAAGACUUCUGUCCACCCCCUCCAAAUCCUGAAGACAUUGUUCUGGAUGGAGACAGAUUACAACCAGGGGCUUCAGAAUUUGGUGCUGUACCAGAGGCCAAUUCAGAGACUCCGAAGGAAAGCACAAACCUGGGAAAGCUAGAGGAGCACUCUGAAUAACAGAUAUACACCAAACUGUAUAUCCCACUUUGGAAGUUCCUUCUGGCCUCAAAGUCUUCUUUGAAAAAUUUUAGAAAGCAGCCAUCAGUUUUCAUGCAGAAUUAUCAAGAGAAACAGGUCAUAGAAAUGCAAAAGGGGAUUUCCCUUAAAGAGGACAUUCCAAGAACACAAAAUACUUCUAAAGCACAUUGAUGCACAUGCUUUAAGAUACCAAACCUGUGGAGUUAGCAGAUUAAAAUUACAAAUGGAUUGAUUCCCAGGAAUAUAGCUUUGGAGAUGAAACCGAUCCUAUGCAUUGUUAAUAAUUCUGUGCUUUUCGGACAGCUUUUGCUUUGCCACUUUGGAUCUUUGUUUGAAAGCUACAUCUUCAAAAUCAACUCACUUAUUUCCUUUAAUUAUUUGAAUUAUAUGAUACAAAUGAUAAAAGUGUAUGUAAAUGUAAUUGAGAAAAACUAAAGUAUCAUGAACUGGGAAGAACCUAUGUUGGAAAUAGAGGUUUCUUUUGUUUUCCUCAGAAGUACUAAAAUGCUAAUAAUAAAGUCGAUAUUUUUUAGAGAUUUUUUAAACA